CUAUUACUUCCGUUUUGUCACUGUGUUCACUUGUGAUUGGAAGUGAGCAGAGAGGAAUGAACUACUCACACACUUGAGCAAAUAUGCACUUCUUUUAGUCCGAGCUUGUUGAGUUGACAAACCUUUCGGUGGUCAAUGUCCUCGAAACUCAAAGAAGUACAAUUACAAGAACGCCAACUAGCUCCGCGGCUAGCUUGCCGUGAGAGCUAACAGCGAGUCCGUCCAGGACACCUGUCCAAAAAAAUGGAUUGUAUUUGUGAAAUACUUGCAGCUUUGGUGGUGUUGGCGAUUGUAGCUGUAAUUGUGUUUGUGAUGGCGGCGUACGUCACGGCCAGCGAGGCGAACCUGACGCGGGACGACAAGGAGAAACGCUUCCUUACCACGACCGGGACCACGGAGCUGUUCCCCAGUCUGCACGACCCCCCCUCAGUAGAACUCUCGGUGGUGGUCCCGGCCUACAACGAAGAGCUGCGUCUUCCCGUGAUGCUGGAUGAAGCCAUGGAAUAUUUGCAGAACAGGCAGAAACGACAUGCGUCUUUCACCUACGAGGUCAUUGUGGUGGACGAUGGCAGCAAAGACAAAACCACAGAGGUGGUGUUGCGGUACACCAAGAAGUACGGUGCAGAGAAAGUGCGGGUUCUGACGCUGGUCAAGAACCGGGGAAAAGGAGGCGCCGUGCGCAUGGGAACCCUGAGCUCCAGGGGGCGCCUCAUUCUCAUGGCGGACGCAGACGGAGCCACAAAGUUUGGCGAUGUCGAAAAGGUGGAAGGGGGCCUUAAAGAUCUCAAUCCCAAACCGGGCAACAUGGCCAUCUCGUGCGGUUCCAGAGCUCACCUGGAGCAGGAGGCGCUCGCUCAGCGUUCCCUGUUCCGCAACGUCCUCAUGCGCGGCUUCCACUUCCUGGUCUGGUUCUUGUGCGUGCGCGGCGUCCGCGACACGCAGUGCGGCUUCAAGGUUUUCACACGCGAGGCGGCGCUGCGCACCUUCUCUUCGCUGCACGUGGAACGAUGGGCUUUCGACGUGGAGCUCUUAUACAUCGCGCAGCGCUUGAAGAUCCCCAUCGCGGAGGUGGCCGUCAACUGGACCGAGAUAGAAGGCUCCAAGCUGGUUCCGUUCUGGAGUUGGCUCCAGAUGGGCCGGGACCUGCUCUUCAUCCGCCUGCGCUACCUGAUGGGAGCCUGGAAACUGCAGCCUCCAAUUAAGAGCGACUAACCAAUCAGAGGAGAGACUGUUUUGACUUGUGACCCAAUCAGAAGCCAGAUUUUUCUUCUUCUUUUUUUACUUAAAGACAGUGUGCUUGUACCUGCCUGCUUUUCCACAUGGAGGCGCCACUUAUGAUAUUGCGGUGGCUGCCAUUCGAAAGCCGUUAGAGCAUUUAUUCCUUAUCCUCGAUAUCCAUGUACUAGUAUCCUCUUUGUCCUCAUUAGUAAGACAGUUCAGCACACUUGUAGAAUGGACUGUCUUACUAGUACUGGUUUUCCCAUUACUACUACCACCCCUUUGGGCCUAAUAGUACCCAAUUAAACCUGACUUACAAACUGCCGUGUUGCACUAGUAACACUUCUCAGCCCAACUAGUAAGCAUGUCACACACACUAGUAGCCUGUUGGACCCUACUAUUAGCCCCAAAAUGCCCAGUCGUAGUUUUGCCUCACUAGUAGCAUCUAGUUGUCCCACUAGUAUGGCAAAAUACUAAUAGUUACAUCAGAAAGUUAACAUCUAGCACUUCACUAGUCGUGCUCGUAGUCCGCAAAUGUCAACGAGUGCAAAGUCAUGCCUCGCUAGUAGCAUGUAGUUGUCAAAUUGUGCAGAAAUAUACAGUAGUGGAAAAAAUUACUAGUAAGAGUCCUAUAUGUAUGUCAUGUACUAGUAUGCACACUUUGUCCUCACUCUAGUAGAAUGACUGUCGUCCUUGUAAAACCUUUCCACUACUAGUGCCUCUCUUUUGGUGUACCGGUACAACCUUAAGCUUGAUAUUUUUUCCACAAACUGCCAUCCACUACUGUAUGACAUUUCUCAACUAACUACGUGUUACUUGUGAGGCAAAAGUGUGCGCUAGGUGGUAAAAGAAUUUGAUACUUUUCUGCUAUAUUCUAUAUUCAAUACUAGUGCUAGUAGCAUACAGUUGUCAACAAGUGCACAGUUUUGCCUCACGAGUAGCAUGUAAUUGUCCUACUAGUGCAGACAAAGCGUGCACUUCAACCUUCCCAUUACCUAAUGAGUACCUUUUACACAGAUCAGUUGAAAUCGUCGUUGUACAUGGACCUCAAGUCACGUUUGCCUAUAUUGCCUUUCGGAGAAGUGGCAGUAAAACAGGCCAGAAUCCAGAUCUCAAGGAUAGGGAAUAAACGCUCGAGACGGAUUCCCAUAUUGCGGUGGCUGCCAUUUUGUGUGCCAAGUUAUUUUGUUGGUGAGAUGGGAAUGGCUCAAAAAAUAUUUGGGGUUGGUUGAAUGGAAGUAAUAAAAAAACAAAGGAACACUUA